UCUAGUGGCCUCAUGACCCUCAUCGUCUAUUAUGCCUCAGAUAACCAGCCGGAACCGAGCAAUGCGUAGCUUCUCCGUCAAGCAACCCCGCCGCCGUUCCGAUGACUGCCACCGCCGCAGAUAUCAUCGAAUGUUACCUCUCACAAAUCGAGAUCUGCAUCUCCAGCAAAGAUCUCAAGCUCGGCCGUCUUCUCCACUCUCGCCUCCUCAAGACAGCGCUCAAUCUUCACACUCUCCUCUCGAACCGCCUCAUUGACAUGUACGCAAAGUGUGGCUCUCUCCCUUGCACUAUCUCCUCUUUCGACGACCUUCCCUUCAAAAACCACCAAUCAUGGAACACGCUCCUCGCAGCAUACUCGCGAGACUCCAGGUUUCUCCAUUCUGCUCGUCACCUGUUCGAUGACAUGCCUGAACGAAAUCUUGUUAGUUACAACACCAUGAUAUCGAAACUUAGUCAUCACGGCUUGCACCAGGAGGCUCUCAAACUCUUUUCUGAAAUGCAAAGGAAAGGUCUUGGCAUGGAUAAAUUCACUGUUGUUGGCAUUGCUCCAGCUUGCGCUGGUUUGUCUGAUCUGCAAUCUCUUCGCCAGUUACAUUGUGCUAUUAUUUCUCAUGGGAUGCAAUUAAAUUGUAUUAUGUCAAAUGUACUCAUUGACGGGUAUGGGAAGUGUGGUGAUGCCAUUGCUGCUCGGCAGGUUUUUGAUCAGAUGGAGGUGAAGGACAUUGUUUCCUGGACCUCGUUGAUCGGAGCCUACACCAAUGCCAACAGACUUGAUGAUGCUUACCGAGUUUUUAUAAGUGCACCAUCACGCAAUGCUGUUUCAUGGACAGCUCUUAUUUCCGGGUUUGAGCAAAACGGGCAGGAAGAUGCUGCAGUUGAUCUAUUUGAGCAAAUGCUUGAAGAAGGUAUUUGUCCUACUCCAUUCACUUUGGUAUCAUUCCUGAGUGCUUGUGCACGGUUAGGACUUAUUGAUCGAGGGAAGCAAGUUCAUUGCUAUAUGCUUCGAAGGUUUAUAGGUUUUGAUUGCUUCAACAUGAAGACUCACAACUCGCUAAUUGACAUGUAUGCGAAAUGUGGUGACAUGGAGUCAGCUUUAGUGCUUUUUGAUAAUAUGCCUGGUCGUGAUGUUGUCUCUUGGAACACAAUGGUUACAGGGUUUGCCCAGAAUGGACUUGCAAAGGAGUCACUUGAUGUGUUUGAGAGAAUGGUGCAGGCUGGAAUAACCCCAAGCCAUGUGACAUUUCUUGGUUUGCUUUUGGCUUGCAGUCAUGCUGGUCUAGUAUCAGAGGGUAAUCAAAUAUUGAGAUUGAUGGAAAAAGAAUUUGAAGUCUGCCCUGGGAUUGAACACUACUCGAUUCUCAUCGAUGGCCUUGGGAGAAUGAAUCAGCUCGAGGAGGCAAUGAAGGUGAUAGAGAGUUUGCACUCGACUGGGUUGUCAAGCAAUGUUGGGAUGUGGGGCGCACUGCUUGGCGCUUGUCAGAUUCAUGGAAACAUAGAACUUGGGAGGAGAGCUGCUGAGUCGCUUUUUGUAUUAGAUCCAGAGAAUGGAGCGAGAUAUGUAGCACUGUGUAAUAUGUAUGCAGCUGCUGGAAAGUGGAGUGAAGCGAGGAAGGUUAGGUUGGUUAUGAAGGGGAAGGGAUUAAGGAAGGAGGCAGGUUGUAGUUGGAUUGAAGUGAAAGGAGGAAAGAAAGUGUUUGUGCCUGGGGAUGGGUCUCAUUCACAGACUGAAGAGAUCUAUGAAAUGCUUUCUUUAUUGGUUGAUCAGAUGAAGGAAGAAAGACAAAACUCUGCCAAUUUGUUCAGGAAUAUUUCAAAAGAAUGAUGAAUGAAUAUGCCAUCAUCUUCAAGGUAAA